AAACAAUUCUCCCAAAGUGAUCUUGACAUAAUCACUAUUCAUCCCUAUUCUCAUCACUAAAUACCCUCCAAAAAAAAAAACAAAAAAAAAACACUCAUCCAUAAAUCAUAAUCACUCAUCAUCAAAAAAAGAAAAAAAAAAAAAAACCAUCGCCAUGACUGACCACCCUCCACCACCACGACCACCGCGCCUAGUUGACCUCCGUUCCGCCACCCAAAUCCUCCACCACACCACCACCAUCUUCUCCACGCGCCACCACUUCCGCAUCCUCAUCAUCCUCUCAUUCCUUCUCCUCUGUCUCCGAACAAACAUCGAAAACCUCACUACUUUCCUCACUACCCACAUCGACAACGACCCAUCAAUCGAAUCACUCUUAUCCCCAUCUCAACCCCCACCUAACCCCACCACAAACCACCGCCACCUCCGCCGCCGCCGCCCCUUUCUCCAGCUCACCCGUGUCGGAACCCUAGACGAUGAUUUCUUCUCAGGGGAUGAAGAACUUGACCAAAGAUUCUUUGGGAAUGUUGAGAACACCCAAUUGAAUAAUACCCAGAUCAUUCUUGAUUCCUUUCAUCCCCAAUUGGGUUUUUCUGAUUCUGUUACAGAUAAUGGGAUUAGGGUUUCUGAAAUUGUGCGUUCUAGUGUCAAGAUGUCGUUUAGAUCAAUUGAAAAUGUUAUUGUUAAUAAUAGUCGUAAUAAUAGUAUUAAUGAUUCUGUAGUGGUAGACGAUGGGAAGAUUGAGAGUAAAAGUGGGUUGCAGUUGUUGUUUGUUGGGGUUGAUCUUGAAUAUGAUGAGUUGAAUACAUUGUUGUGGUUGAUUGGGUUUUUGUCUGGUUGUUAUGGGGUUAUGAUUGUUGCAUUUGUGUUUACUCAAGUUUGGGUUCAUGGGGUUGUGUUUGUGUUGGUGGUGAAUGAGUUCUUAAGGAAGAACGGGUUGUUGCGUGAGACGUUUGAGAAAGGUGCGAUCUUGGGUGCGAGACGGUUGUCGGGGUUUGUUAUUAUGAGAUGGGUGGUUAGGGAUGCGUGGACUCAGUUGUUGGGAGUUUACUUUUUUGGGGAGAUCGAGGAUCAGUAUUCGCUGUUCAAGAUUUUCGUUAGGUUGAAGUUUAUGCCGUUCUCGAUGGUGACACCUUGGGUUACGGGAUUUGAAAAGGAGAUUUAUGGUUUUUUGUUGUCGUGGUUCUUGUUGGAUAUGGUGAUGUCGUUUGUUUUCGCUUUGGAUGCUUGGGUGGCUAUGGUGGAUUCGAGGAAAUCCGGGAAAGAAGUUUUUAAAGAAGGGUGUCGCUUGUUGUCAUUAAUGAUCAAUCCCGCGAUCAAUCUCAAGUGCUUCGAAGGUAUCGUUUGCGGGUCGUUUGCAAGACAUAUACUUACAUAUUUUUUUGGCAAAUUGCUUGCCUCCAUGAUCCAAUCGUUCAUGGAGGUUUACUUUAUGGUGGCAUGGAUGAUACAUUAUCUCGCUGUCAAAUCCAUGGAUGCUAGAUCUAACCGAACAUCUUUCGGUCGAAGAGAGCUUGAAGCCAUGCUUAAAGACGAUAGAUGAUCGUUUGGGUAUUUCUUUUUUUGCAAAAUACGCUCCGGUUAUACAAAUAUGGAAUGGUUGUUUUUCUUCACAAGUUUAAUGUUAACAGCACGCCUCAAAAAUCAGAAUGUAAUACACUAUACACAUAUACUUCUGUCUGGUAUCCGAGGUUGGUAGAUCGAACGACUUCUUCUAUAUUCGGUUGUUGUGGUUUUAGACUUGUUUAUAACUUGAUCACUGUACUUAAGUUUUUGCAUAACUUAGUUAUGGUUCUUUACGAUGAUAAUUAGAAAAAAACGAGGUCAAAAUUUGAUUAAUGACAGCACAUCUCUUGUUAAGAAUCCUUUUGAAGAUCAGGUUCGUUCAUCUUGUAAUAAAGCUGCAUGCUUUACACUAA